AUGUCCGAUAACAAUCCCCAUCAUCCUGGAGUGCGCAGCUUGUUAGCCAAGUUUGAAGGCCAAAGCCCCAUCGCCUCUCCGCCGCCUCGUGGCCGAUCCCCAGCUGCGUCAGACUCGUCAGGAACAGUUCGGCAACUGUCCAAGGUCCGGGCUAGCUUUGUCACUGUGGACGGGAUCGUACAGUCCAAUCCUGCUUCGCCGUUGAGGAAAACAAGUGGGCGCAGCGACAGUCCUGGGAUAUUUGGGCCGAAAAUCAAUUCGGGGGAUGCGGAGUCUGGCCGGCAGACUAUGAUCUCUCCCACCCCGCUCAGUCGCCUAGACCAUACACAAAACGCGACUAUGGGACAGAUAAUGGCUGAGGGUCGACCGGAGGAAGCCAUUGAAACUAAGUCUGAACUGACUCAAACUGCCAAGGAGGAACCUGCAACCCACACUGAGACUGAAUCUCAGUUGCGAAACACCCCACCAAAGCAGACCGAGGAGCCCAUCGCCACGGAUUCCAAGUUGACAAGCUCCGACACUCCCUCGCAAAAGUCAAAUUCAUCAGGAGCGAUCAAGAAGAAGCCUUCUUCCGUUGGGUCUGCCCGCAGUGCAGCGAGCAAGUCUGUGUCAACUACUGCGGCUUCAACUGGUGCGAAGCCCGCUGCUCACAAGACAACCUCCAAGCCCACAGCUCGCGAAGUGGCUAAAGAGCGUGCCAACUCUCUGGCCCACAAACCGAGUCGUGUCUCAUUGAAUCCUAAGGCAACAGCACGGCCAACCCGUGGCUCAGCACUGACACAAGAUACUUCAAAGCCACCUACCGCAGGUGUGUCCAGCAAGCCAGGAAUGAAAUCCCCACCGAAACCUGCCCGUGUACCUGGCUCGAUGCACACGUCGACCCAAGCAUCUGGUGCUAGGCCAGGAAGCACAGGGGCUCCGAGCACUCGCACUACUGCAUCAACCCUUACAAGGAAACCCUCAACCCUCAAAAGCGCAACUAGAAGUCAGUCGCGUGCCACUACUCCUAGUGCCAGCGUUCGCAGAGAAGCCUCUCGCCCUUCGCUACCCGCUCAAGCAGCUCAUGAUGCAAGCACUAAGCCUGUCAAUGAAGGUUUCCUCGCGAGAAUGAUGCGGCCUACUGCCAGCUCUGCGAACAAGUCCCACCCCCAGGAAAAGUCUGAUGCAAAGCCUGUCACCAGGACAACCUCUGUUUCCAAGGCCCCCCGGCCAUCAAUUGGGAGGGUGCCAGACCGUGGGGUCCCCCACGCGAAGCCUAAGACCACCGCCCUUCGGCCUCAGAGUCAGAAAUCCCAGGCUCUGAACAAGGAACCUGCGCCGCAGAAAGAUGGAGCUAAGCCUUCCCAAAAGAAACAAGAAAGUGAGAAGGAGAACAUCGUGGAGCCUAUCAUAGCCAGCCUAAAGGAGCCUACAACAGUGGAACCCGCCCCGGUUGCGGCUGUGGGACAGCCCGAGGCUGUUUCCAAGCCGGUCGAGGAGACCGCUUCCCCUGCUCAGGUUGAGGAGUCUACCCCGGAAGCUGCCAUUGUAUCUACUGAGCCAACCGAGAAGUCGAUUGAAGUGCCUGAACCGGUCAUCGAGGAGACAGUGGCUGAGAUUUCCUCUGAUCCCGUCCCAAUCGAAGCUGCUGCAGAGGUUCCGGCUGAGCCUAUUGAUUCCAACGAAGCCAAGGCCCCAGCUGAGGCAGAGGUGGACGCUCCUGCUGAGACCCUUAUUGAACCCAUCGCUGGGGAUGCUGAGGAGGGGGCUUCUAAGACCACCACUGCAACCGAGGAGAUCGCCGCAGAGCCCGUGGCAAUCCCAACGGCUGACGAUCAAGUGAAGGUCAGUGAGGACCAAGAAACCUCGAUGUCCGAACCAGAGGUGCUUGAGACUCCGGAAUCAACAGAGGUUCAUGCCGAGCCUGAAAAGGAAGAUGAUGUACCAGUAAAUGAGGCUAUUGUCCCUGAGACUUUGGCGGAGGUCGCAGAGGAGAAUCCCACAGAGGCCAAGUCCGCUGAGCCUGCCCCUGAUGCCCAGCCCACAACUGAGGAUGAGUCGAGCAACGUCGCCAUCGAUAUUGCUACUCUGUCAUUGCACUAG